CCCAUCACAGUUAGAGAGUGGGACUGGAUAAGCAACGCGCCUUCCGCAUACGCACCUCUCUCCAAAUAAUUUCAGAAGCUCCCCUUCUCCCCCUCAACCUCAUCUCAUUCACUCCAGAUCCUAGACAAAAUGCCUCGAAACGAGAGCAAGAUUGAGAUAUCUGCGCCACCCGCCAAAGUGCGAGAAGUGCUCCUCAACUUCUCCGCUUACCCAGAAUGGCACACCGAUUUCAUCAAGGGCAUCAAGAUCCAGGAUGAGUCCAAGACAUCCGAAUCUCUCGUCCAUGGAGACAAGGUCGAGUGCAACAUUGAAGGAUGGAAAUUCAUCGCCGAGAUCAGGGAAAACUCCGAAGGCAUGUUCUCAUGGCAGGGUCCUCCCGUCUUGACCGUCGCUGGCCUGCAUCAGUUCCGUAUCGAGCCCACCAAGGACGGAGCAGCCACCAUCUUCACGCAGUCGGAGGAUCUCAAGGGUCCCUUGGCAUUCUUGAUGGGCCCAUCAUUGCUGGGCAAGAAGAUGGCGGCCCAUUUUGCUGAGUUCAACAGAGAUCUUAAGGCUCGUGCAGAGGCCGUUUGAGUUGCACUGGACUCUGACAUCGAGGCCAGACACCAUCAGCUCGGUCUGUGAGGAUGAUGAUACAUAUUGCCUUGUAAGCCUGUGGGUCUAGACGCCCCGUCGAUCUUUUAUUUACUGCACACGCACCUCGGUCGCAUAUAUUUUCUAGCCCUCCUCACGUUUUUCGCUUUGAAAACAGCCCCUGUUCGUUUUGAAUGCAGUUUUGUUUUUUCAGAUAAAUGCGAAUACCACUUAUGUUACAUUUACAAUUGUUCAGGAGUGUAGCAUUCAAAAUUGUGGCUUGCAAGGAUUGUUUACCAACGAAGCUUACAGCCCCCAAAAACUAGCUCUCCACUCUGCAGAGGCCAGAACAUGACUUGUUAGAAAUAGAGAAUUAUGAAAAACCGAUCGGUCGUCGGUGAUGUCACUCCGUGGAAAGAUCACGAUGAGUACAAACA